AUGGCUCAGAGAUGUUUUGAAAAAGAAGGCAAAUCAUUUUUACUUCAACUUUAUAACCUCAAAAUAAAUGUGUUUCGCUCAUUUCAGGGACUCAGAAGCUCAUCCUUAUCUCCACCAGUCAGACUUCCAUCAGUGGGCCUCAAUGCCAGGUCAGUUUCAUCUUCUCCAUCACCCAGACACCCCUCACCCAGCAUCCGUCCCACCCCAGGACAAACUUUCACAAGAUCUCAAAAACCGCCCUCGCCCUGGGAAGCGGCUUCACGCCACCCGCUGGGACUCGUAGACGAAGCUUUCACGUUUCUGAACAUCCAGCAAUCCAUCGCCUCCAACCUGCGCUCCGCUGCUCAGAGUAAACGUUUACCUGAGCCGCCGGCCGAGUGGAAGGCAAAGGUUGCCUAUGAGCCUCCGCCGAAAAGCCAGAAAGACAGUAUAAGUCAAUCACCGUUGACUUUUCUGUCCCCGACCAAGAGCACGGCAUCAGCUCCGGCUGGGCCUGUCCCUUACGGAUCAGCCUUCAGACAGAUUCAACCACAACGGUCCAUGACGGUGGCUGAUCUCGGGGUCCCACAAGGAGAGAUAAAACAUACGGGACCCCGUCCGCUGAGGCUCUACAAAGCCAAAGACAGCAGCACAUGGAGGCGUUAGAAGAAACAGGGAACUACGGUGGCCUAAAGAGCUUAAAUAUGCUGUACAAAUUCUGCAAAUAGAAAAACACACUGCAAAUUAAAAGGGGCACCUAUUUUGCCCCUUCUUUAGAAUGUGUCUGUAAAGUUUCAGCUCAAAAUACCCAUCAGAUUAUUUAUU